CCUCCCCCGGUUUGUAGUUGUACGCACAGGCCAUGAAUAACAGAGUACAAUUUUCAAGCCUAAAAAAACAAAUGCAAUCUUCACUUCUGUUGUAGGAGGCCAUUUUCAGAUCUGAGUGAUGUCCCAGCUCCACCCUUGCUAGAUGAUAUUUUGCCGUCACAAGUUUUCACCGAUGACUUGGACUCCUUUUCAGUAUCUCAGGCACUCGGCAACUCACCAAGCAAAGGCCAUGGAAUCUUAAAAUCAAGAUCUGCAGGUCUUCAACCAAGGCCAAGAGUUCGGUUUGUGCCUCCAGUGCAACGUAGGCAAGCCAGCCAGCCAAGCCAAGUUCAAAGCCAGCUAUCAUCGCAAGAGGACUUGUUCAAUGACACCAUUGACUCUCAAAGCCUGCAAGCCCCUCGAGAGAAAGGACAUCCUUUUGAUGAGCAACCUUACCCGAGCCAGCCAGCUAGAGAAGUUCAUGUGCAGAUGCCACCGCAGCUAAGGCAUAGUCAAGAUGAUGAAUUCCCAGCUUCCAUCCAUAUUCCAGCCUCAUCAACCCCAGGAGGAACAAAGAGAGGGGCGAAGUGUCUGCGUUCUAUUGAAGAAAUACCUGACCAGUACAGAUCAAUCUUCCCAUUCCCAUACUUCAACUUUGUGCAAUCACAAGUGCUGGAUGAUAUCCUGUAUACGGAUAAACCCCUGGUUGUAAGUGCUCCGACUGGAUCAGGAAAGACGGUUCUGUUUGAACUUGCCAUUCUCAGACUAUUGAUCUCGCAGGGAGGUUAUGAUAAUAGGACUAAAGUAGUAUACAUGGCUCCUAUCAAGGUCUUAUGCAGCCAGCGCUGUGAUGAAUGGAAGGAGAAGUUUGAACCGCUGGGUCUGAAAUGCCAGGAGCUGACAGGAGAUACUGAUAUUGAAGACUUCUACCAGUUACAGGCCGUCAAUAUCAUCUUCACUACACCUGAGAAAUGGGAUAGCAUGACAAGGAAAUGGAGAGACAACCAUUCUUUGGUUCAACUUGUUAAACUCUUCCUCAUUGAUGAAGUUCAUUCUCUGAAUGAAGAGACCCGAGGAGCCACUGUAGAGGCCGUCAUCAGUAGGAUGAAGACCGUCCAGGCCGCUCUACCAGACCAACGCACCAACACCUCCAUCAGUACACAGGAGCAGAGCAGUGGCUCAGGACUACGCUUCCUUGCUGUCUCCGCUACCAUUCCCAACAUCAAAGAUAUUGCAGAAUGGCUUGGAUUUGGUGACCAAACUGCUGUCUUUCACAAAUUUGACGACAGCCACAGACCAGUGACGCUUCGUAAGGUUGUGAUUGGCUAUCCCUGCUCUGAUAACUUCUCAGAGUUCAAGUUUGAUCUCUCCCUCAACUACAAGCUAAGUGGAGUCGUUCAGACCUACUCAGAAAACAAACCUACUCUUGUGUUCUGUUCUACUAGGAAAGCUGUAGAGCAGGCUGCUUCUAUCCUAGUGAAAGAAGCCAGGUUUAUCUUGAAUGCACAGUGCAGACAGAGGCUUCAGAUGUACAACAAUAGGAUCAGGGAUUCUAAACUCAGAGAUCUGGUCAUGAAUGGAGUUGGCUAUCACCAUGCUGGUCUGGACCUACAAGACAGGAAGGCUAUUGAAGAGAUGUUCCUUCAAGGGGAUCUCCCUGUACUCAUGUCGACCAGUACCCUAGCCAUGGGGGUGAACCUCCCUGCCCAUCUCGUGGUUGUCAAGUCUACACAGCACUAUGCAGGUGGGAUGUACAGAGAGUACAGCGAGACACAGAUCCUUCAGAUGAUAGGCAGGGCCGGCAGACCACAGUUUGAUACAAGCGCCACCGCAGUCAUUAUGACCAAACACAAGACAAAGGGAAAAUAUGACAAUCUCCUGGCUGGAACAGAGGAAAUAGAGAGCAGUCUUCACAACCACCUGAUAGAGCACCUGAAUGCUGAGAUAGUUCUGCACACCAUCGACAACAUGGACAUCGCCCUUGAGUGGCUCAAGUCUACCUUCCUCUACAUACGCGUCCAGAAGAAUCCCACCCACUACGGCCUACCAAAGGGGUUCACUCAGAUGGAGCUGGACAAACGGUUGAAAGAAUUGUGCACCAAAGACUUGACAUCACUGGCUAGCAUCAAUCUCAUACAGAUGGACCAGCAGAGUAAAGAACUAAAGCCUCUUGAGACAGGCAGACUGAUGGCAAGGUACUGUGUAGCCUUUGAGACCAUGAAGCAGUUCACCAAACUGGAUGGCAAUGAGACUGUGUCAGAUUUGAUGGUACUUGUGUCCAAGUGCAAGGAGUUCAGUGAUGUUCAGCUCCGAGUGAAUGAGAGGAAGGUGCUGAACAAGAUGAACAAGGAUAAGAACCAUGUUACGAUCCGUUACCCGAUGAGUGGCAAGAUCAAGACAAACGACAUGAAAGUCAACUGCUUGAUCCAAGCCACCUUAGGGUCCAUUCCUAUCCAGGAGUUUGCUCUAAAUCAGGAUUGCUAUAAGAUAUUCAGGGCAGGCCAGAGACUCACCAGAUGCCUAACGGAGUACCUCAUGACCAGAACGGAAUUCAAAGCCUUGCUGAAUGCCCUGCUCACAUCCAAGUGCAUCCAAGCCAAGCUGUGGGAGAACUCCAGAUAUGUAGCCAGACAGCUGGAGAAGAUCGGUCCCACCAUGUCCAAUGCCUUGGUCCAUGCUGGUCUGGAUAGCUUCCAGAAGCUGGAGAAUAAGAACCCCAGGGAACUGGAAUUGAUUGUAAAUCGCCAUCCUCCAUUUGGGAAUCAGAUUGUAGAGGCUGUCUCUCAUCUUCCAAAGUAUGAUGUCUCCAUUGAACAGGUAUCAAAGUACAGUCCUGUGAGAGCAGAACUAAAUAUCACAGUUUGUCUCCAAAACCAUGAGGCCGUAGCUCAGAAACAGACCACCAAACCCAACCACAUGGUCAUUCUACUUAUCGGAGAUGCAGACAACAAAGUGGUCUACAAGCAAAGAGUAGCAGACUCCCAGCUGGUGCAGUCAGGUAUGUGGAUGCGUAAAGUGGAAGUCAAGAGGGCAAUCAAAGGAGAGGAGCUCAACAUUAACCUCAUCAGUCAAGACUUUGUUGGUCUGGAUGUACAGAGCUCCUACUCGCCAUUCUACUCUGGACCAAAGCAUCUGAGAGCAGCAGUAAAGAAUGAAGCCCUGCCCCCUCAACUGGCCGAGAAGAAAUCCCCUGUGAGGAGAUUGGUGCCUGGUCUACCUGGAAACAACCCUUCAAACAAGAACAGGAGUCACCUACUAGGUCAAUCAGACAGGAUGGAUUCUCAAAAAGGGUUCACAAAUACAGAGUUUUCUUCACCCUGCGAUGAUGGUAUACAAGAUUUUGGAGGGUAUGGAAGCCGUAAGCCCUGCAGCCAUCGCUGCUUGGACAAGGACACCUGCGCUCAUGACUGCUGUAAGUUUGGCGUCCCCAUCAGACCCCCUCCCAGACCUAGGGCUCCACCAACCAAGAGGUUGCAGACUCCUGAUGAAGAACUGGCUACCACCGGCAGCAACGCCUACAACCCACAGAGCGCUGCCACCACACCAUCUAGAUCUAGAGGUCCUCGAGGUAUUGAUGGGUUCCUGGACCUGAUGAGACAGAGAGCUCGGGAUAUAAGUACGACACCAAAUAUCAAGCGCUUGAAGUUCAGUGACUCGACUCCUACCCCCUUACCCACGCUGGAUCGGUUUGCCUACACACCCAAGAGAAGCUUGCUCCCCGCAAUGGACAAGGCAGCUGAUACACCUGUCGCCAAAACCCCACGCACCACCACCACCUGCACCGCCACACCCAAUCCCUCUACCAUGGAGCCUCAGAGGACUACGGGAUGGGAACACCUGGACUUCUACAGGCAUCAGAGGGAGAUAGAGCUCUCUGAAACCCAGCCUGAGGUGUCCCAUGGUGUGGGUGGAGAUAUGUAUGGUGAUGAUGAUGAUGAUGAACUCCCUAAAGUAUCUCUUGGCUUUGAUGAGGGCCCAGGUGAUCUUCCUUGUUUUGACAUUGGAGGAAGCGACAUCUAUGACGUGGAUGACAUGGACGACAUUAUCUGCAUGGAUCACCUUGACAGUCACUUUCAUCCAACCCUCAAUGACACUGUGAAGGUCAUCUCCUGCGAUUCAGCUAAGCCCUAUGAAGGCGCGACCCAACCAGCUCCGCAGAGACCAGGGUACCUGUGGGGAGGUGUGCCUUCAAGGCAGCCACAUCCGAUGCAGGAGCAGUCUGUCCCGAAUGUGAGUGUGCCACCUGGGUGGAAGCUCUGUAGAGGGGACCCCAGUGAGUCCAUUGCUGCGUCCAGUGCAACCCUCUCCCUACCAGUCAUGGAGUACACCCUUACCAGUAGUCCUGCUGACCAGUACGUCCCGUUAGGAAGGAGGGGUCAUCCUCUGCAUCCAACUGUGAGACCUGCAUGCAGUAAUAACCUAGGAGGUUACAGACCUCAAGGAGGUGGUGUCCAGUCCCUGCCAAGACCCCAGCUGAGUGAUGCUUGGACCAAACCCCUCCCACCUACAAGUCAUAAUGGGAGGACUGGAACACGGUAUGACCAAUGUCGACUUCUCACCUUCUCUAUUUCAGUUGAAUCAAUGUCAGUCUGGAUUAAAACAGUGUAA